GGAGCGAGAUGUAUAAUAUUAUUAUAUGGGGACAAUUUUUAAAUAUUUUAAUAGUUCACCAACUAGUCUUCCACCUGUUUUUAAGGACUACACUUGUUCGAGAAACCAAUGAACUAACUAUCAGAGUUAUAUGAAACCUGGCUGGAUUUUGUGCGAAGCAGGAUGACAGGCCGCAGAGAUAUCUUCGAUCAAAGGUCUAAAGAGUCCGAAAAAAAUACGUCUGGAAUAGUAAAGAAAGACAUUAUGACAGUCAACGGAUUCCUUUUGGAUGACCUCCCAUCUAGUGGCACAACAAGCAUAACUAACAAUGAUUCUUUACGAUUCGACCCUGAUAUAAAUGUGCAAACACCAGCUUAUAACUUUCAAUGCAUUUCUGUUUCAAACGUAGAUUCUGUUCCCAAAAGUUCCACGUUAGUUUUCAGUAAUAGUUUAGAGAAAUUAUCAUCAGAUGGCACACAAAAAUUCCAGACUCCAUGUAGACUAUCUCCAGUGCAGUCAUUUAUUGUGGAUAAUUUGUCUAAUACAGAAAGACCAGCCACAGAAAUGAAUAAUACAUUUAAUGUGGCACAAACGAAUCUUGCCAUGAACUCUUUAAAACGAAUAGCCCAAGAGAAGGUAAACAGAAGUCAAAGUGCGCGACUUGCUCCUCAGAGGGGGUUUCACCGAAUGCCACCAAUGCUGCCAAGUUGCCAGUAUGCCCAAUCACCAAAGGUGCCAAUGGUGAUAACUGGUUAUAAUAACCUAGCUGUUGGGUAUUUUAUUAAUCCUCCUCAAAUUACAACGACAGGUUCCACAGUUGACUAUAGACCGUUCACAUCAACUCAAGCUAGGACAUCCCAUCAGGUCGACAGUGAGGAAACAACACUGUCUUCUGUUCAGGUGCUACCCAAAAUGCACUUAGACAUUUUAUCUUCCCCAGGAGUUGCCAGUGUAAGUUCUCCAGAUAGUUUUACGCUAAGCACCAACCCAAGUCCUGGGUGUUCUGGUCUUUCUAGUGAACUGAGUCCAUUUUCAUUCGUAACAUCUCAUCUGUCGGGAGACUGUAACCAGAACCUAGACAGUUCUUCAUAUCUCAAUUCGCCUUCUUGUCACCAAUCGGUAGUAGAUCCUCUCAUUAGCUCCUUCGCUUCUGCAUCGGAAGACAUCCAGGAAUUCUGUGACAAUAGUACGGACAAUUUUUUAAACUGUCAGAACCCUGUGUUGGAUUCCCUUCUCUCUGCACCAUCUUCCGAACCAAUUUUUAGUAGUGUUGCUGAAUCUGACUUACUCGCAACUACGACAUAUUCGGGAAGUAUUCUUGGCUUUUCUGACUUUCAGUUUGGUUCUCAGGAGUCUUCUGUUGGCCAAAGCGAUCUUUCUUCCAUUCUUCUACAGCAACAAGAGCCGUUACUAACCGGUCCUGUGACUACUCCGUCUGACCCAAAUUCUUCUGCACUUUCACCAGCUACGAGCAACACGACUUUCUCUUAUCCACCUUGUACGUCAAGUCAAGAGGUCAAGGAAGAAACAACGUGGAGCAGAUAUCCGGUUUUGCCUCCAGUUGGGAACAAUCAAACAAGCAUUAGUGAGUUUGCACUACCCUAUAGCAACGUCAUGCCACCCAGCAGCGCUUUGUGUCAUUAUUCUGGAGCCCAGAGCUCUUUAUCAGGGUAUCAUUCGAGCUGUGCAGAAAUGUACCCAUCCAUGUCUAACUUUGUCAAUCCUCACCAUUCUGCAAGGUCAUCAUAUUCGGGUCGGGGCUCACGUAUGACUGGAAAAAGAGCUCUGUCAAUAUCUCCUUUGUCAUCGGAUGGUUUGGACCUAAAUACUCUCAUCAGGAUAUCUCCCACGUCUUUGACAUUUCAUUGGAAUGGGUCUCGCAGUUCUUCGGCAAGUAUGUCUCCUGCUUCUGGAGAAAGACAAGGCUGCUAUGGGCACUUGUCUGCUAGAAACAGCAGUAGCAGUCCACAUUCCGGUUCUGGAUCAUCUGUUCAUCGGCCGAGUAUCUCUUACACCCCUCAAACAACCACCAACGUGAGAGAUGCUAAGAGCGAUGGGUUGGACAUUGACCAACACUUCUUGGUGUGCCAAGAUAUGCAAACUCUUGAGCAAGGAAACUACUCUUUAUCCCAACAACUUGCUUUACAAAAUCAAGUAGUUGUUCCACAGAAUAACCUCCAGGUAGUAGAACAACAGGAUGCCAUGUUCAAAACCGAAUUUGAUGGUUCCUGCAUGAAUCCUUCCUCUGAUCCAGUGCUCUCAAGGCUACAACCACCACCUCCACACUUACUUCUUACUUCAAAUCGCCCUCCUCCCUCUUAUGAUCAGCACAUGGCAAGAAAAAUUGCUUUGCAAAAGAAGAGCUCUUCAGAAAACAGUCACCUAUCGAAUUAUUCCAGUUUUGAUGGCUCAGAAGGAGACCGAUUUGGUGAAGGAAACGAUAGCGAUCAAGGACUAAAACAACACCACAUCUGCAGAUGGAUCGAUUGCAGCACUAUCUUCCUGGAACAAGAGGAUUUGGUGAAACAUAUUGAGAACUCCCACGUUGAUCAAAGAAAGGGAGAAGACUUUACUUGCUUUUGGCAAGGUUGUCCACGUCGCUUUCGCCCCUUCAAUGCUCGCUAUAAAUUACUAAUUCACAUGCGAGUUCACUCUGGAGAGAAACCAAACAAAUGCAAGUUUGAAGGGUGUAACAAGUCUUUCUCUCGUCUGGAGAAUCUGAAGAUUCACCUUCGAUCCCAUACAGGAGAGCGACCAUACGUGUGUCAGUACGAAGGUUGUUCUAAAGCAUUCAGUAAUUCGUCUGACAGAGCCAAGCAUCAACGAACUCAUCAAGACACUAAACCUUACGCAUGCCAGAUACCCGGAUGUACUAAGAGGUAUACAGACCCAAGUUCACUACGAAAACACCAGAAAAAUCAUCAACCCAAAAGUGAUCCCGUUAGGAAAAAGUUAAGGGGUGUCCCUGGGGAAGCAGAUCCCCAAAUCCUUCGGGAAUGCCUAACGAUUCAACCAAUCAAAAUAAGUCAGUGUGAAGGAUCUCCACCCUUACACGAGCACAAUGACAGUGGGCUAGGACGGUCUCCCCGAAAUUCCUUUCAAGGUGUAUCUAGCGACCCCUAUCCAGGUGUAGUAUUACUAUCCAGUAACCAAUCAAGUCGGAGUAUCAGUAGCCACGCCUCUCCAGUUAGCCACCAUAGUAGCCCGGCCUUAACAGACAUCACCGAAUGCAACGAAACAGGGCAACAAGCCAACUCUGGCCGCAGGGUGCCGAUGCUUCCACCUAUCGGACAGAAUAAUCAACAAUUAUCUCGGCAAGACAGUUCUCAACGCUUGCGACCACAUACCCUACUUGGACGCCCGUUUAGCUCUAAGAAUGAGGGAUCGACAUUAAUCAAUCUGGACCUUUCAACUAACUCCAUGUUUAGGGACCAAGCCCUUAGUUCCUUGGGAGUAACUACCAUGGGAAAAUAUGGUUCCUCAAGUUCCACUGGUUCUUUCUGCGAUCGACAAUCACCAAGAUGCCAAAGUCACCUUUCUGCCUUUCCCCCUGUAGAAUACUACCCUGCAGAACUGAGCCUGGAUACGCUGUCACAUACUAGUGGUAUAUCGUGAAGACCAGAUUUGUUCAGCCAAACGUUGUAUGACUGUAAUCUUCAUGAUCAAGAAAUAAGAACUGCCCCACAUGAAGGCACUUGAGAGGAGUAAA